AGAGAGAGAGAGAGAGUGACAGAAAAAUAAUACUGAACACUUUUAUGACUCCAGACUGACUGCGGAACAUUGCAUUCACCUUUGUGGAUUUUUUUUUUACGUGUGUGCAUCUUGCAUGUAUUUUGUCCUGCAUUGCCUACCGCAGGUCUGAAAGAGAGUUGUUACCGGACUUAUCCCAACGUACGUGUUUUACGUCAGUGUUUUAGCACGGAAGAAACAAACCGGGCGCUGGAUUUUUAUUUUUAUUUUAUUCUACUUUUGGUGUUUUCCAGAACAUCCCAGACGUGGCAUGACUGGUAUCUGGCACCUCGACAGGUGAACAGUUUCCUUUCCUUAACAUUAAGAACUUUUCCUCGUCAUUAACAUCGGGGAUAAAAAAGAAAGCACGAGAUUUAAAGAUGUCCAAGCCUGCUGAUCAUAUCAAGAGACCCAUGAACGCGUUCAUGGUUUGGUCUCGGGGCCAGAGGAGGAAAAUGGCACAGGAGAAUCCCAAAAUGCACAACUCGGAGAUCAGCAAGAGACUGGGCGCCGAGUGGAAGCUGCUCUCCGAGUCUGAGAAGAGACCUUACAUUGACGAGGCCAAGAGGCUGCGGGCUCAGCACAUGAAGGAGCACCCCGACUACAAGUACAGACCCAGGCGCAAACCCAAAAACCUGCUGAAGAAGGACAGGUACGUUUUCCCUUUGCCUUACCUUGGGGACACCGAUCAUUUGAAGGGACUUCCCGUGUCGGCCGCGGACUCUCUUUUGGGCUCUUCGGAGAAAGCCAGAGCGUUUCUGCCGCCGACAUCCGCUCCCUACUCCUUCCUCGACCCGAGUCAGUUCAGCUCCAGCGCCAUCCAGAAGAUGACAGAGAUGCCCCACACGUUGAGCACCAGCACUUUGCCGUACGCGUCCUCGUUGGGAUACCAGAACGGGGCGUUCGGCACCCUUGGGUGCCCCAGUCAGCACACCCACACCCACCCGUCGCCCACAAAUCCGGGCUAUGUCGUCCCGUGUAACUGCACAGCCUGGUCAGCGUCAAGUUUACAGCCCCCGGUGGCCUACAUACUUUUUCCAGGUAUGACCAAGACUGGGAUAGACCCAUAUUCAUCCGCACACGCCACUGCCAUGUAACCCUCAAGACUCUUGUCCUCUUUUUAAUUCACUUGAAUACUGAAAUGCAUGUAAAUAUAUUAUGGACAACGCGCCGCAUUAAAUGGCAUGAACAGUAUUAACUGCCUUGGACUUGUUAUGGCAAAGAAAAAAAAAAAAAAAGAAAAACAAACUUUUCCAGAAAUCCAACAAGUUUCUGACAUGAACCGAGGAGCUGGGAUCUGGUGUAAUGGACGGUCCCCUGUGAACUGUAAGAAAUGUAAAUGUUAUAACGUUUAUGGCAACCAGAAAAGGGAGGCCUUUAACUUUAUUUAUUGUGUACAUUUCAAUGCAUAUAUGCCGAUUUGUGUUGGUUAUUGAUAGGCUACUGUUUUUUUAUUUUGAAAAAUUGGCUCGCACAAUUAGCACUCUUAUUUCCUGUAUAAGCCUAAGUAGUCUACAUUUUGGCACUGGUAAUUUUAUCAUGUUCUGGAUAGGGUCAAAAUCAGGACCAGAGGCUGGAUUAUAUACGGGUUAUAUUGUUUAUAUCAAUCAAAAACUGGCACAUAAACUAGACGUUCUAAUUAAGAUGACAAGAAAAAAAUCAUUUAGGUCCAAAUGUUUUAUUUUGCAUUUUACCUGUGGUUCAGUGCCAAACACGCGCCAUUUUUUUCUUUUUGUUGGCUUUGUUUUUAAGGAUAACUUCUAUUUGGUUUCAAGGAGUUAUAUGUGUAUUUUCUAUCUAAGAUGGUAAUUUAAAACCUGUCAUGUUAUGGAAAGGAUAAUGUAUCUAGAA